AUGGAUGAUCACCCUUUCCGAAGCCCGUCACCUAAGGGGAAAGAGGUUGCAUCUACGCGAAGGGGAUUCGACCAGCCAGAAAUAGACCUUUUGUCUGACGAUGAACCGGACAGUGACCCUUGCAGAUGUUCGCCACCUAGGGGCAAGGAGACUGCAUCAACGCGGAGAGGUCUUGAACAGCCAGAAGUGGACUUUCUGUCUGACGACGAGCUUUUUGUGAGCGAGACACCCCAUGAUAAGGGGAAACAGCCGAUGCCAGCUGUACCGAAGCGGAAUCUUAUGGCGGAGGAUAUCAUCUCAAGCUCGCCGGCGCUGACGCAGCGAGCAAAGAGCACACUCAGCAAGACUGCUGACUGGGAUCCUAUCUCGAGCUCGGCGCCCAUUCCAGCCUCUGAUAUUGGCCACCCGCCGGAGCCAUCUCGUCCCUUCCGCAAGACUAGGUCAGAGGUCAUUUUGCUUGACGAUUCUGACGACGCCAUGGAUGAUGUGGACUCCGAUAAAGACGAUCUCCCUGAUAUUAUGGACCUUGCCAGUUCCAAGCGAAAAACCACCUCUGGGUCAACCUCUAAGCGGCAGCCAACAGUUACCAAAUCAAGGAACAAGAGGUUCACCAUAGGUGUCUUAUCAGCCAAUGCUGUUGACCUCCCAGAUGAGGAGAGAAAAACGCAACAAACGAAAACCCCCGCCGAAAAAGCAGCAGAGAAAGCAACCAAAGCCGUCGCCCUCGCCGCCGAAAGAGAGCGCAAGCGUCUCGAGAAAGAAGCCGCCAAAGAAGCCAAAGCCUUUGAGAAGAAAAAGGCAGCCGCCCUCGCAGAAGUGAACAUACUUCGCACCGACAAAAAGGUCUCAACCCCCGAAAUGAUUGUCGGCCUUCCCAUCGGCCUCAACCCAACCAUCAAAAUCCAGGCCGAGGAACGUCUAAAAGACCUCUCCGUCCAAGUCCAAUCCUCCCGCUCCCCGGUUGACAACAUCGUCCGCUGGAAGCGAAAGGUAGAUGCGGAAUACAACCCUGCCCUUUCCAUCUGGGAACCUGUUCCCCAUCGAACCGACACUGAGAAGUACGCCAUGGCUAUCAUGCCCGCCGCUCGGUUUGUGGAGUUAUGCCUCUCCCCAUCCACCCCAAACCUGGACUCACAUCUUCCCUCAAUGAAGUCCAGUUUUUCCGGAUUUACCUUGAUCUACCUAAUCGAAGGCCUAAACCCCUUCCUCCGCAAGAACAAGUCCGCUCGAAACAGGCAGUUUGUCUUCGCCGUCCGUGACGGACUCGAUCCCCCUUCUAGCACCCAGCCCAACCGGCCGGCCAACAACAACCAAAAAGUAAUCAACGAAGACCUCGUCGAGCAAUCCCUCCUCCAGCUACAGCUUGUUCACUCAGCUCUCAUCCACCACACCAACGCCCCGAUUGAAACCUCGCAGCGAAUCGCCGUUUUUACUCAGCACAUCUCCACUGCGCCGUACCGGCGGUUGAGGGAUCAGACGAAUGACACCCAGGCGGGGUUCUGCAUGGACUCUGGGCAGGUCAGGACUGGGACCGAGACGAAGGAUAUUUAUGUGAGGAUGCUGCAGGAGAUUGGGCGGGUCACGAAGCCGAUCGCGGUGGAGAUUGCGCAGGAGUAUGGGAGCGUGAGUCGGUUGAAGAGGGCGAUGGAGGAGGGGCCGUUGAUACGGGAGACGGUGAGGAAGGGGACGAAUAGGAUGGGGGGUUUAGUGAUCGGGCGGUUGGGCAGGCUAUUAGUAGGCGGGUGCAUAAGAUAUUGCUGGGGAGGGAUGGGGGGAGUAGUGAUAUUUGAUGGGGGGACGCGGAGGGGAUGUGAAGGCGAGCGUGUGUAG